AUGACUUGUGAGUACUUUUUUUGGUUGAAUGUAUCAUCUUUUUCAUAUCAACGUGGUGAUUGUCUUGGUGAGUAUCUACCAGCAUUAUUUUGUUCUUCGAUGAUUGAAAUUAAUCUACCUAUUCUCUCGAUUUUGGCUAAUACUGGUGCUAUCUGUUCGCUGUCCUGUGAUCUCUUGAUUUGUUCGCCAAUCUCUGCGAGUUUCGAGCUAAUCAAAGAUGCAUCGCGCUUCAUAAUGAUCGACUUGUUGGAGUUUGCUGCAUUAAAAGUUGGUGAGUUGUUGUCGGAAAGCAACUCUUUGAUAAUCAUUGAGAGAUUCUGCUCCUCGAGUGGAGUGGCGCUACCAGGUGCCGCCAACAAUGCCGAGGUCUUGGCGGUGGUGGUAGCAGUGAAAUAG